UGAAGACACGCCGACAUGCUCCAAAGUGGAGGCUGAGACACAGCAUUAUAGCUGCUCGGAGUUAAACUCCCCUGAACACAGCCAGUCCGUGGGCGAUGCUUACCCGACGCCACGCAGGAGAUUGAACGGCGAUCGCUAAGUCCGCUGAUUGCGCAGAGCAGCAGGAGAAAGCACACCAGCGCUCCGAAAGCCACGAAGCUCCAGGGAGAAGACACAAAAUGUCACAGAGCAGAGGUCAAAAGAAGUUCAUCUUCCUGUCUUUAAUAUUGGUGUCUCAUCUGUUUGUUCGCGCUGAAUAUUCCAGCUGUGGAGAGUACGAGUUCUUCAACCAGACCAGCAACAGCUGCCAGGCCUGUCCUCAGUGCCAGCCGGGACAAGAACCGCAUAUGACAUGUGGUUACGGUGUAAAGGAUGAGGACUUUGCCUGUGUGCCAUGCCCGCAGGGGAAAUACUCCAAAGGGAAGUAUGAGAUCUGCAGGCGCCACAAGGACUGCGAUGCCCUCUACAAAGCCACCGUCCGUGUUGCAGGAACUGCUGAAAGUGACGCUGAGUGUGGACCGUGUUUACCAGGGUAUUAUAUGUUGGACAACAAACCCAGGAACGCCUAUGGGAUGGUUUGCCACUCCUGCCAGAAUGCACCAACCAACACAAAAGAAUGCAUGCAAAUCAGCAAACCCAAAGUAAAACCACCGAUUGACCCUGGGAGCACUACAGUUUUCCCUCAUCGAAAUAAAGAAUCACCUGGACAGGGUCACCUAGCCACAGCACUUAUUAUUGCCAUGUCAACCAUUUUCAUCAUGGCCAUCGCCAUCGUUCUCAUCAUCAUGUUUUAUAUUCUAAGGGCCAAGCCAGGGGGCCAUGCAUGUUGUUCUGGCCACGUUGUGAAAGCCGUGGAAGCUCAGACCAUCAAACAGGAAGACAAGAAAGAUGUCCCUGACAAAGUGGUGAUCUUCUCAGAGAAAGAUGAGUUUGACAAAUUGAAAGCAGCUCCUCAGAAGACGGUAAAAAGUGAAAACGAUGCAUCAUCCGAGAAUGAGCAGUUGUUGAGUCGCAGCAUCGAUAGUGACGAGGAGCCAUCAUCAGACAAGCAGGGAUCGGUCGAGAACGCGUCCCCCAACCCCAACUUGUGUCUCGUGGACCUGAGCAACAAACCAAACCUCUCUCUGCUCUCUCUGGGACUCCUGGACCGCAGCCGCACAUCCAACGGUGCCCCCGUGGUGGCAGCCAGCCAUGCCAUUAACAUCCAGAGUCCCAACCACAUCAACAGUGUCAACCACAUCGCCUCUAGCAACCACAUCAGCAGCAUGAACGGGAUAAACAACAAUAAAACCCCAGGGAUGCUACAGAGUCGAAGGAAAAAGAUACUGGAGCUGUAUGCUAGAGCCUGCACUGUGACUGAAGGCCUGAGCCCUACAGAGCUCCCUUUCGACUGCCUGGAGAAAGCAAGCCGCAUGCUGAGCUCCUCCUACAGCAGCGAGGCAGCUGUGGUGAAGACAUGGAGGCACUUGGCAGAGAGUUUCGGCCUGAAGCGUGAUGAGAUUGGUGGCAUGAGUGACGGCCUACAGCUUUUUGAAAGAGUGAGCACAGCUGGCUACAGCAUCCCAGACCUCCUCACUCGGCUGGUGCAGAUUGAGAGGCUGGACGCUGUGGAGUCACUCUGUGUGGAUGUGCUGGGAACCAGCGACAUGGUGGCAGUGCUUGGACGACAGAGUAUCAACAGCUUUCACAGCCAGUUUGUGUGUCCUUCCCAGUGCACAUCUCCCUCCCAGCGCUGUGCCAGUGUCUGAAUAUUUGGUGGAGAAAAGACUUGACACAUGGAGGUUUUUAAGUACACAUUAAUGUGAGGACAGAGUUUGUUCUGACAAAGAGGACAUUGCACACAUGUGUACAUAUUACCCCAUCACAUGAAGAAUGCCAGUGGGCGUCUUGUCCACAUUCCUUUAUCUUUCAAGAAGCUAAAAGUCCAAAUAACACAAAACAAAUGACUUGUUUUUGCUGCAAAAUAUGAGAGAGAUAAAAAUAGAUCUAUAUCUGUUUAUAAGUACAGAAAAGUAGUUAAGUCUCUGAUUUCAGUUUGGUUCUGCUCAGCAAGAAUUUAUUAUUUGAAUUUGCUUUCUGUUUUUUUUUAACUAGCAUGUUUUGUUCCCCAAAAUGUUGAAUUUUAUGAUGCUCAAAUACCUGGAAAGCCUUUGCGCUGGACGCAAUUGACAUUCUGUUUUCAAAUGUUAAAGAAUGAAAUAUAUCGUGCAUACAGGUGCAUCUCCCUAAAUUGGUACAUAAUCAAAAAGGUUAUUUUAAGUAAUUCAGUUCAGAAAAAUGAAACUUGUAUACUAUGUAGAUUCAUUACACACAAAGUUAUAUUUUUUAAACAUUCAAUUCGAGGGUUUUUUUAAUGCAGAAAUGUCGGCCUGCCGAUAAGCUUAUCUAUGAACUGUAUAGUAUAUGCACUCAGUACUUGGUCAGGGCUCCUUUUGCAUGAAUUACUGCUUCAGUGCGGCAGAACAUGGAGGUGAUUAGUCUGUGGCUUUGCUGAGGUGUUCAUGAAGCCAACCCAGCUUUUAUAGCAGUAUCAGCUUUGGUGAAUUGUUGGGUCUGGUGUCGCUUAUCUUUCUCUUGACAUUUCUCCAUAGAUUCAUGGUGGGAUGUAGGCCAGGCCAGUUAGCUGUUCAGUGAAGUGCAGUGAUACAAUAGUCAUUGAAGCAGUGUGGGCAGGUUCCUGCUGAGAAAUGAAAUCAGCAUCUUUGUAAUAAUCGUCAGCAGAGGAAAAACAAAAACAGCUCUAAAAUAGUAUUAUAAAGUGUUUUUUGACAUUAAAGGUGCUAAAUACAUAAGUAAAAAAACAUCCUCGAAGACAGCUGUGCUGACUUUGGACUUGAGCAAACACAGUAGAUCAACACAAGCAGAUGGCAUGGCAUCUCAAAUCAUCACUGACUGUGGAAACUUCACACAGUACCUAAUGCAUUUUGGAUUCUAUGCCUCUCCACUACUACUACUCCAGAAUCCAAAAAAAAGCAACAUUUACUUUUGUAAAAAAAUUGGACUGAGUAACAGUCUAGUCUUUUUUUCUCAUAAGCCCUUAUAAUACACUUCCGAUAUUAUCUGUGGUGGAAAAGGGGUUUAAUUAUUAAUCCUGACAAUGCUGUAAUUAUCACUGUUGCUCAACCUUUUGCAUCUACCACACUCUUUCCUGUCACUCAAUUUUCCAGCAAUAUGCUUUCUACUACACUCUGUGAACUGCCUGCUUCUUUAACAAUCGAUCAUCAGUGCACUUGGCACCAGGACACCCUAGGCAGGAGGUCGAUGAUCGACUUUGUUGUCGUAUAGUCAGACCUUCGGCCGCAUGUUUUGGACACUUGGGUGAAGAGCGGGGCUGAGCUGUCCACUGAUCACCACCUGGUGGUGAGUUGGAUCCGCUGGAAGAGGAGAAAGCCGGACAGACUUGGCAGGCCCAAGCGCAUAGUGAGGGUCUACUGGGAACGUCUGGCAGAGCCCCCGCCAGGGACGUAUUCAAUCCCACCUCCGGGAGGUCGAACCUUGGCUUUAGGAGGAGCAGUGUGGUUUCCGUCCCGACCGUGGAACACUGGACCAGCUCUACACCCUCUACAGGGUACUCGAGGGUUCAUGGGAGUUUGCCCAACCGGUUCACAUGUGUUUUGUGGACCAGG